AUGUUUAUUCCACUAUUGAUUACGAUAGUCUUUGCAAGAGAUCUCACCAUAUUCCCAUUGGUGAAUGAGUUGUUCAUUUAUGACCUCAAAGAUAUUUUCGGAAGCAUUGACAACCCAAGUUAUGAAUUGACACCCGUAGUUUCUCCAUUCACCAUCGUAGAGAGCAUACAGUUGAUAGGUAAAAGGGAGUGCGUCGAAUCACACAAUGAACGAUUAACCGAAGAGUGUAGUGAGCAAUAGCAGAUUUACGUAAUUUGCAGUCAUAGAUUAAUAGAAUACUGUGUAUUGGACAAAAUAGUAUUCAUAUUAUCAAUAAUUAGGACAUUACCAGUGGAUACUCCAUAAUUCUAGGGUAUGUAGAAAUUGAAUGAGAAUUGUUAUUCUCUUGACUUCAUCGAUGACACCACUCUGAUCAUAGAUUGUUUGGAUUCGAAAUAAUUCAAUUUGUUUUAUUUUGUGUAAGUAGGUUCAGACACUAAACAAAGCAAACUGCUUGAUAAAAACAGCAUAGCCCAAUCCCAAAUAACAUUUAGGAAAAUGAAUGUUCUAGAUGAUGAUAUUGUGCUCCUCGGGUAAUCAAGUGAUGAGUACUCAAUAAUCGAUGUUUACGAUUUGAACUCUCUGAAAAUCUCCAAAAAUACAUUAAAUACAACUGUGAUGAUCAAAUUGGCCCAAAUUAAAGACAAGUCAUAUCAAUUCAAGUUGGUUGAUUUCAUAUCAAAAUUUGGACUCGUCUAUGUACUUGAAGAGACCCGACUCUCGAUCCUCUCAUACAAGGAGGAGUGGAAAUUGAAUCUCUAAAUUCUAUUGUCCAGCAAAGGAGUGGCAUUUGAUGUGAACGUUGUGUCAGAUUUGAAUGGGAACGAGAAAUUUGAAUUGGUUAUCCUCACUCAAAAUGGGAAAUUGUAUUACUACAACGAUUUUGUGAAUCAACCCAUAGAAAUGAAUGUAGUAGGUUAGAGUGUGCGAAUAUCAAACCAAUACAUACUUGUGCAAUAAGACUAGGCUCUAUUGCAGAUUAAUUUAAAUGAUAAGCAAAUUGUGAAAUCGAAACCUUGGAAUGGCAAUCAAUUCUUGGUGUCUGGUGUCUAUUCCACUUUGCUCGAAGUCUAGAAAACAUUCAUCAAUAAAUAUAUCUUGAGCAACGGGUAUUUGCAGGGAUCAUCCAAGUCUUCAAAAAUUGGUUAAUCACAAAUCACAUUGAAAGCAACUUACAUAGAUGCCUAAAAUUUAUAACAAUUAGAAGUAUCUAAAAUAACAUAUGAAUUUUUGGACAGUUCAGAUCAAAACCUAUAUGAAAUUAGUACUCCCACUUUGUUCAAGAAUGCCAUAUAAUAUGAUCUUUAUUUUGAAUAUCUUGAUCCAUUCUUGUCAGGGCCAAAUCAGAUGUAUAAAUAGGAGUCACCAUAAACUGAUAUCGUUUUGAAUUUCUAUAGACAAAUUGAACAAGUACAUCUAGCACUCCCAACAGAAAUUGUGUUCUAGGAGACCAUUUCCAUUGAUCAACAUCUAUCGAUUAUGGUAUUUUAAAAGAAGACCUUGAUUAUGGAAUUAUGGGGAUGCAAUCUAUAUCUGCCAAAGUGUGAAUGCGUGCCAUUAUAGAUAUCAAUAGAAAACGAUGUUUCGUUGACCAGAAACACCUUUUCAGGAUGGGUCUAUGAUGAUGAUAUCUAUUUCGCAUUUUCUAGUGCGCCUAAUGAAAUCGAGAUCUGGGAAAUAUCCCUGGAGAAGAUCCAUCACAUUCAAACAAUCAAGAAUAAAGGACUGACAGUGGUUCAAGUUUUGGGUUCUCAAAAGAAUGUGUUUGUCCUUUUAUCCAAUGGAGAAAUCGAUGUCUAUGAACUCGGUUAAUUAGUCGAAAAGAUCACUCCUCCUGAACCUGGAUUGCAGAUAUUCAAUAAUCCCUAUCAUAGCAGUUAAAUUUUGAUCGUGAAAACAAAGUCCACUUUAAUUGUAUACAGAUUCAACUUUUUGUCUUAGGAAAUAGAAUACUUCAUGAACUAUGACUAAGACAUCUAUGUUUCCAUUUAUGAUAACUCCUUCACUGUGGUGAAUUCAAAAACGAUAUAAGAAUACUUUAUGACUUCAUAGCAAAAUAAGGCCAUUAAAUCAUUACCAUUAUAUGGAUAUAAGAUAGUUAAUCCAGUUUAUGCAGUCCAAUCUAAACACAAUGGAUUAUUAUUCAUUCCCUGUGAAUCAACCAAUGGUAAGAUAAGUUUCCUCGUGUAUCAACCAGAGUCAUAAGCUCACGACUCAUUGCUUUAAGUGAUCAGUACAUCCAUUGCUGGAGAUUUCAAUAAUAUUAUUAUAUCAGUUGAUGGAUUCUAAACAUCCUCCUUAUUCUUCCAAUAUCUGAAAUAAAAUCAUUUCUUUUCAAUUUUGUAGAAAACCUAAGCAGCAGCCUUGUUGAGGUCUCCUGAUAAGUUUACAGAUUAUUGCCAAUCAGUCAAUGAAGCAUUUUCAGUUUCCAAUUCCUUCAAUUAGUUGGAUUUUACAACUGAAAUUACUGUAAUCAAUAGAAUGGAAUAUGUAACCAUCACGGAUACAGGUUUCAAAGAGGUUCUGUUGGGAGAAUAAAACUAGACCAAUUUUUUGUCCCUGGGUAAUGAUUGGUACAACGGUCAAGUGGUGGAUAUUAAUGUGCAGUGUAAAUAAUGUCCAAAGGAAAUAGUACUCAAUGAACCAGUAUUUCCUAUUACCUACAACUUUCUUGGCAAUGCAAGAAUCAUAACCAAAUUUGAUGACGACCAUCAUCUUAUCCUGAAUAAAAAUUCACUCGUAAUUAUAGAUGUCAAUCUGAAAUCAACUCUGGACUUACAUUUGCCCCAAGAAUAUUAUAGCGUCGCUGUUCAUCCACAAUAACAUUACAUCAUUUUGGCAGGCAAAAACGAAAAGACUACUAAUUUAUUAAUGGUCACUUGCAAGAGUUCGUACUCUUGUUCUCAACUAUAGACUAAGACAAUUCAAGCACCUUCUGUUGGUCAAAUGUACUUGAUCCAGGAUGAAUUCCUGAUACUAAGCACUCCCUAAGAAAUAAUGAUCUAUCACAUCACCUACACUCAAACUUCAUGGACUCUGGAGUUGAAGUCCACAACCAGCAUUGCAUCCUAUUCCCCUUGCAAAGGAGUCAACUACUUUUUUGUCUCCAAAAUAUACACCGACAAUAAACCAGAGUAUGGAAUCACACUCUUAGAUUCAACCAAUUAGAUUUUGUUCCUGUUUUAUAAAAUAAAGAAUGGAUCUAUGAGUUUAAUCAACUCUCAAGUUCGCAACUUAUAGAAUGAAAUCACAAAUCACAAUUAGUAUGCACAAUCAGAUACAAAGUUCAUCCAAUUAUUGUCAUACUCUGAGAUUGAGAAAACUGUAACCCAAUAGAUCUUGUUCAAGAUGAUUGUGAUCACUAAUAACGUUGCCUCCUAUGGAAUGCAAUUUUCCUUUGACUUCAAUUACGAGUAUCAUUCCAGUGACAUCCUCUUCAUUGUCAAUCAAUAUGGUGGUUGGAAAACUCUGCCAGCAGGGUCCAUUAAAUCCAAUAAAUUGUGCAUUCCAUAUUCCAAUGGAAUAAAGACAGUCAUGUUAUUUUACAUUAUUCCCACUAUCACAUAAAAAGUAACUUCACCUAUAACAUUGACUUCUCUUUCUGGCAUCAGAGACGAUGUCUUGCCUUCGGAUACGCCUCCAGUUGUGUAUGUACUUCAUACUGACAAUGUAUCCUAUUAUGUCUUGACUAAUCUGGUACGAUACAAGGAGAAAAUAUGCUUGAAUCUCUAUGCUCUCAAGGAUUAGCCAAUACUUGCAGUUUCCAACACUGUCGAAUUGGAUCUGAAGUAAGAAUUAACUAUCACUUUGUUGAAUGAUUUCAGUAAUGCUUCUAAAUAAGUUACUUUGAAAUCACUCUAUGAACCAGUCAAGAGUUCUGCUAGUGUUGGAUGGAUUAUAGCCGUUAUCGUGAUAGCAAGUUUGCUGGCAGUCGUUAUGCUAUUUUAUGUUAUGCGAAGAAGGUCAAUUCGUUUGUCAUAUCAAAACUAUUACCCUAUGUAAGAUUAGCAAUUAAGAACCAUGUGA